GAGUCUUUCGGCACUGUUCGCCAUCGACCCCUUUUACUGCGGCUCCAUCGCCGAGCAGACUGGUUCGCUACUCUCCUCCGUUGGAUCUAUUAAACCACCCGUACCGGUUCCCUGAAAGCCUCUAGCUCCUGUACAAAUGCAAGCGAUCAAAUGUGUGGUGGUCGGCGACGGGGCUGUGGGUAAGACCUGUCUGCUGAUUAGUUACACCACCAAUGCCUUCCCUGGUGAAUACAUCCCCACUGUCUUUGACAACUAUUCUGCCAAUGUGAUGGUAGAUGGGAAACCAGUGAAUCUGGGCCUUUGGGAUACAGCAGGACAGGAGGACUACGAUAGGCUCAGACCACUGUCUUACCCACAGACGCAUAGACUGCAAGACACAGACAUCGAAGCUGGGCACACGAAAGAAACCCAAGACAGGGAGAGAUUCUUAGAUGUGUUCUUGAUAUGCUUCUCCCUGGUCAGUCCGGCCUCCUUUGAGAACGUCCGAGCUAAGUGGUACCCUGAGGUGAGACACCACUGCCCCAACACACCCAUCAUCCUGGUGGGCACCAAGCUGGAUCUGCGAGAUGACAAGGACACCAUUGAGAGGCUGCGAGACAAGAAGCUUUCCCCCAUCACCUACCCGCAGGGCCUGGCUAUGGCAAGAGAGAUUGGGGCUGUGAAGUACCUGGAAUGCUCUGCUCUGACCCAGCGAGGCCUGAAGACGGUAUUCGACGAGGCCAUCCGAGCCGUGCUCUGCCCUCCGCCCGUGAAGAAGAGGGGAAAGAGGUGCACCAUGUUCUGAGGAGGGAACACUGCUAAAACACUACACUACAUCACCAUGAACAACAACCACUACUUCUCUGGAUUAAGGGGAUGAGAGAGAAAAACUAGCGAGAGUGAGUGUGCACUGCUGAGAUUGCUUUCUUUAUAUUGAUGUUUUUUCAAAGCAAUAUUGGUAACAAGACCAAUAUUUAAUUGGAUUUUUUUACCAUUACUGAAUAGGUUCAUAGGCUCUCUGUGAAAGACAUCUGACUGUCCAUCUACUUUUUACUCAUAGAACAACAUCAAGUUGCCACGAGGGCUGACAAAGAUUUCUAUUACUUGUCUUCAUACUGCAACAUCUCUUCUUUAUCAACCAUGCUUGCUUGAAUUAAUGCAGUGUUGACUAGAUAGAAAGUGAACUGUGAAUACGCCUUCAGGUCUGAAGUUACCCUCAGCUCCUGAUCUAAGAUCAGCACGCUACUGGCAUGCACACAGAAAUCUGUUGGAACUGAUAGUAAAAACUUAAUACUACUGCAUUCACUGAAUUUAAAAAAUAGAGCACGAUAUCUUAAAUGGUAAUGACGUGUUUAUCUACAACAAAUCAAAGUGAGAUGUUAAAGGGAAAGUCCAGUUUAUUACAACCUGGGUCUUAUUUUUGUAGUUUAAUCAUCAUUCCAAACAGUAAUGACAUUGUAUUCACCAAGUAAAUUGCUGAGAUUUAAGAAUGUUGCAUUUCUACUUAAUAUUGAAGCUUUUCACUUCUCAUAGAGGCUUUAUGUCAAAAAUUGUUUCAAAAUAAGACCUUCAUUAUUUUUGUUUUAUGCAAAUAUGUUGCAUAUUGCCAAAUCACUGUUUUUAGAAUCAGAUGGCCACACAGAAAAUCUGGGGCCAGGUAGUGUUCUAGCUUUGAAAAGCUGUAACAUUGGACAAAGUUAAAGGAACAGCGGUUAAUGGGGGCCCAGGGGCUCAUUUUUGCCCUUAACCUAAGAGGUUUAGGAGCCUUGUUCAACUGUAACGACUGUCUAGCUACUCAUAUUCCUUGCCCUUUCGGACAUCUCAGCUAUUCCUUUAAUGAGUGCCGUGUUAUUUAUACUGAUAGGAACAUUUUCCUAUAAAAUGAUUAUAUGAAAGAGACCUAGCAAAACUUAGAAAUGCAGUCAAAAGUUUUAACUCCAAUGACUUUUAGCCUCAAUCCUAAAAUUAGGUUUGUGUGAAGGCUCAUUCUUGACCUUGUGAAUAGGAGUUUGACAAAAAAAAACGUUCCCAUCAGUUAUCAGGUCCAUCAGCCACACCUUGCUGCCUGAUCAGUCAAAGACUGAGGUGUGGCUACAAGGUCAAGAAUGAAUGUUCAAGCCCUGCUUGUGAAGAGUAGUUUGACAAAUUAGUCUUAACUUAAGGUCCACUUGCUAGGUUUUUUUGCCAGCUUUUGAACUGUACAGUAUCUCAUGGUCUUCAUCAACAAAGAUUUCUGUGGGUCAUUCACUGGGUUUCUUCGCUAAUGAAGCCCAUGACAUGAGGUUGAAGGCUCUGGAAACAGCUCAUAAGUGAACGUUGAGUUAAUAGAAUUUUGUCAAAUGGCCUGAAGUUGCUUUACUUACCAAAAUGGGAUCUGCUCUGUGCCAAUCCAGUCUUAUGGGGUAAAAAAGGAUCUGUUCCUUGAAAACGGUUGUGUUCUUACUGACCUGUUGACACACAUCCGAUCUUAGUCAGGUGUCUUGGGGUAACUUCAUCUAACUGUGAACACGUGACAGAUAAGCAUGCCAAACAUGGGGCUGUACAACCUUGCUGCCUGAGUUCUGCCUCUUGGGGUGGAGGAGCUUGCAUGGGUCUUAAAAUAUUCUGUCUUAAUUUAUCCCAUUGUUUAAAUAUUGUCUCUGUUCCUCUAUGUGUGUGUGUGUGUGUCUCUGAUCCUGUGUGUGUGUGUUUGUUCCUCUGUGUGUGUCUUUUCCUCUGUGUGUGUGUGUGUGUGUGUGUAAGUGAAUGUGUGUGUGUCACAG